AUGUCCCCUUCACUCGAGGCCGGCCUCCCCCGGGACCGCGCGCUGCGCGGAGCGCGAAUCCUCGGCUGCGACGCCUCGUUGCAAAGGCCGGGUGCACUGUUCGUCGGGGAGGCCAUGGGCAUUGGCCGGGCCCUCGAGUGUUUCUGUGAUUUCCUGGGCCUUGCAGUCGCCGCGGAGCUCGGCGAGCCGACGCUGAGUGAUGCGAUCUGCCGUGAGCGGACCGACCUCGGCCUUGCCUUCAAGCAGCAGUCGGGCCGGUACAACGUCCCAUCACCACUUGCGUCGCGCGUGCACGGCUCCUUGCGAAGGCCGAAGGAUCAGGUCACCUUCAGCUUCAAGCGCACGUCGCUUCUUGGCUUGGCAGGACAAGAGGCUUUUGCCAUUUCGACGUACUGA